CGUUUGACAUCACGUGAGUAUCUGGCCAUUGGCCAAGAGCUUUCCGGGAUAUCAAGUUGACAAACAGAGCUGUCAAAUGUCCUUUUGAUUCUGUAGUAAAAGCUAGUAUCUUAUAUAUAAUAUCGCUUAUUUUAUGUAAAAUAUUUCAUUGAUGAUGAUGGAAUAGUAUACAGUACGAGCUUGAUAGCUUAAACUGCUAACAACAGACACGUUGCAAAAAAUAACUGGCUAGUAAGCUCAAUCUAGGUGCGUACCGGUGACCCAACAACUGACUAUAACCAUGGCUGCAGUUGACAGUUUUAGCCUUUUGUACAGAGAAAUUGCUCGGUCGUGGCACGACUCAUGCAAUGCUGGCGUGGAAACACUAGCCUUGGUCGGAGCGAUUUACACUGUCAGCAAAGCUGUCACCGUGGCUCGAGACUGCUGCACCUUAGUAAGAAUUCACUUCCUUCCACGAGUGGUCCCUAGUAACAAGAGACUGACUCAUCGAUUUGGUCAGUGGGCUGUUAUCUCUGGUGUUUCAGAGUCCAUAGCCAAAGCCUAUGCUGAAGAGUUGGCCAGGCAAGGUGUCAACAUAAUCCUUGUCAGCCACGACAGCACCAGCCUCAGCGACGCUGUCUUCUCCAUCUCACAGACCCACGGAGUGGAGGCUCUGUUCGUGGUGGCAGACUUCUCCAAGGGCCCUGAAGCCAGCAAGCUUGUCAGGGAAGCCCUGAGGGGGAAGGACAUAGGCUUCCUGGUGAACUGUGUGGUGGAGUUGCAGGGGCUCCCCCAGAGCCUUACGGAGCUGUCUGAGGAGAGACUGUGGGAUGCCAUCAACCGGAACAUAGCUGCCACAACGCUAAUGACUAGGCUGGUGCUGCCGGGGAUGGUGGAGAGGAAGAGGGGAGCCGUGGUCAACAUCUCAUCUGGAGCCUGCUGGAGGCCCUCGGCUGGCAGAGUUGCUCUCAUUGCCGCUACGGUCUACCAGGACAGCUUCUCCAGAGCCCUUCACCAUGAGUACAGAUGCCAGGGUAUAUUUGUCCAGAGCUUGAUGCCCUACAGAGUAGCUCCCAGCGGCCCAGGGUCCACAGCAGGGAGCUGGCUGGUGCCCCGGCCUGAGGUGUAUGCCCGCCAUGCUGUCUCCACCCUGGGCAUCUCUCGUAGGACCACGGGAUACUGGCCUCAUACACUCCAGUAUGGACUCGUGCAGUGCAUUCCAGACUGGAUUUGGGUUCUGGGAUCACGUAUGAUCAUUAGCUCAAGUUGAGACGACACCUCUCAGACUGAGAGACUGAGACUAAGAGACUGAGCAGGGCUCGCUGGACUGGAACUGUAGUUCACACAACCUGUUAUAUCAUGACUACGAAUGAAUGAGUCAUGGGUGUGAUGUUAUUCAUAGCUUGAGUUGUGAUCUUUACUUAACCUGGUAGACAAUGUACUGUAUGGUGUGACAAUAAAAAGUCCAAAUGCACUGAUUGUGUAUGUGAUGUUGUGAUGGUUGGGUUUUACAAGAGUUUAACUUGGUGUACAGUUGUUGCAACUUCUGCUGAAAGUGAAUUCUUAUAAUCAUGAUGUCUUGAUUGAUGGGUUGAAUAAGUGUUGUGUUGAGUGAGUGUUGAAUCAUGGCAUUAUUGCUGAGUGAUAGUGUGAUCACUAUGCUGGUGACAUCACUUGUCAUUAACCUAGUAUUUGCAGUAAGUUUGGAUGAUAUGAACACAUAAUGCUGUGCUUAAUGAAGCUAUUACAGAGCAAUAAAUAUACCUUACUAGUAAAUGGAAUGA